AUUCUAGCUGUGGUUAUGGAUACUGUUCUUUUUAAAAAAAAUGAACUACGAUGGAAACCGUGUUGAAAGUGGUUUCUGGAGCUAUGCAGCAUGAACUGAAGUCAAAGAAUAAAAAAAAUAACAAUAAUAUGAAUGUCUUUUUGAAAAGCAGGCAGGUCAAAAAGAAAAAUGGUGGGGCUGGUGAGAUGAUGAAAUGGAAUGGCAUGGGAGGUGUGUAACAUGAGAUGAGGACUGCCGGAGCCACCAACCGCGCCAACGAAUCCUCACCAACCAACCCUCUUCCUCCCACGUUCUUCUUAUAUAUAUAAAAAAAACGUCCAGGCAGCAUCAUCAAUCAAUAAUCAAGAUUGAGAAACUCAAGCUCACCAUUUCUUCAGAGGAAGCCAUGGAAAGUGCGAUCGGCAGCGUCGCUCCUCUGGAAGCCGUCCUGUUCGACAUCGACGGGACGAUGGCCAUCUCCGACCCCUUCCACCACCGAGCCACCUCCGAGAUGCUCAUCAAGGUGGGCUACAACGACGGCGUGCCCAUCACUCAUGAGUUCGGCAUGACGCACAUGGCCGGCCGGAGCAACGAGCAGAUCGGCCAGUUCCUGUUCCCGGACUGGGACCGGGGCAGGCUCGACGCCUUCUUCGCCGAGAAGGAGGCGCUCUUCGCCCGGUACGCCGGCGAGGGGCUAAAGGAGAUUGCCGGCCUGACGGCGCUGUGCCGGUGGGCCGGCGAGCGCGGGCUCAAGCGCGCGGCGGUGACCAACGCGCCCCGGGCCAACGCCGAGCUCAUCAUCUCCAUCCUCGGCCUCUCCGACUUCUUCCAGCUCAUCAUCACCGGCGAGGACUGCGAGCGCUCCAAGCCCUUCCCGGACCCCUACCUCAGGGCGCUCCACCUGCUCGGCGCCUCGCCGGACCACACCCUCGUCUUCGAGGACUCCACCGUCGGGGUGCAGGCCGGUGUUGCCGCCGGUAUGCCGGUCAUUGCCAUCGCCGACGAGAGCCGGGAGGGCAAGCUCCUCACCGUCGGCGCCUCGCUUGUCAUCAGGGACUACGAGGACCCUAGGCUCUGGGCCCAACUGGGCAAAUUGGACGCCACCAGACAUCAAGCUGCUGAGGCCAAUGGAGUAGUACCGCAUAGCAAUAGCUGAGCACGACACUGGAAAACAAUUUCUUGCUAUAUUUCAUUUCACGCAAAACUGUAGUCGCACCCAUUUUGUCAUUAACGUAUGAUGUAUCUUUAAGUAAGGUCAUACAAAGUUGCCCGUAGGCCAUUGAUUG